AUGGUGCGCAAGAGAGCAUUCCAGACGGCGCGCAGCCUGAGCCGUCAUGGCUUACGACCCGGAGGAGACCUCGAACCAGGGUAUAUGCGUCGAGUCCCUCGGUUCAGAGAUGUCGUGGACAUGGUGAUAGUCCAGAAUCGUACGCUAGCACUACAAAAGCAGCUACGUGAAGGUAUAGACACCGAGGCCUUCGAGCGAUAUCGUACCAGCGCAGAAGAGCUCAGGGAGAUGAAGAAUAAGGAACUUCGCAACUUCUACUUAAAACAGAACAGCAAGCUUGACGACUGGUUUGAGGUGGAUACGAUAGUCCGUGCGAUGGCAGCCGAUAUCAUGGACAGUAUGGAUCCAGAUCCCGACAACGAUGCACACCGAGAGAGGAGUGGCCGACUCCAAACUGUGGCAGAAAGAGUCGAGCAAUUGCUUCCUGAUGACCUUCAGAUGAUGCGAAGAAGGGCAACGCGAAAGGCUAGAAGAGCGAUCAGUGUCAACAUGGUGGCUAAUACCCUAUUACUUGUGGCCAAGGGAAUUGCGGCUUUGACCUCCUCUUCUUUAUCCCUGGUUGCAUCUCUCGUCGACUCGGCACUGGACUUUCUAUGCACGACUAUAGUCUGGAGUACUAACCGGUUAGUGACUUGGAGAUUGUUCGCCCUCGAAAGAAGAUUUCCAGUCGGUCGACGACGCCUCGAACCGAUCGGUAUCCUCGUCUUUUCCGUUAUCAUGAUCAUAUCAUUUAUCCAAGUCCUUCAGGAGUCGGUCCAAAAGUUACUACCACACAGCCCUCAUGAGGUCGCUACGCUUCCAGCUAUCGCGAUAGGUGCGAUAGCAUCGAAUGUCGUGCUGAAGGGGGUGAUUGGCCUAGCUUAUAUGCGUAUCAAGACGACGCAGGUUCAGGCACUGGUCCAAGACUGCAAAACUGACGUAUACUUCAACACGCUCUCCUUGAUAUUUCCUUUGGUUGGAAAGUAUACUGGUGUAUGGUGGUUCGACCCAGCUGGGGCUACAUUGUUAGCACUCUACGUUAUUUACGACUGGACUGGCACCUGCUUGGGGAUCGCGAUAAGGCUGUGUGGGUCAUCAUGCGACAGCCGUCUACAAAAGAAGCUCACCUACCUUGCUUACCGUUUCUCUCCGCUUGUGGCAGGCUUUAAAAACAUUCAUGCUUAUCAUAUGGGAGAUGGAGUGUGGGCCGAGUUCGACCUCCUGCUAGACGAGCACAUUCCAGUUCGUGAAGCACAUGACAUCGCUCAAACAUUACAAUACUGUGCAGAGGCUCUACCAGAAGUUGAUCGAGCUUUCGUGGCCAUCGACUACUCGGCGCAGAAUCCUGCUGGCCACUCGAUGAGCAGCUUAUAG